AUACUAUUAUUUUGAAAUCGAGCACUCUCGUUAAGUCUCGCGAGGUUUUCGGUCUCCACGUAGCGUCAACGCGUGUGUACGAUAAUCCUGCCUGGUUCCAGGUUGGUCCAGAAGAUGGCAGAGAACGGGUGUCAUCUCGACCCACAGGAACUCUCAUCCCCGCAGUGUCCGUCCGACACGGAUCCGAAUGCAGCCGAAGGGUCCGGCUGUGGCCUGUCUCCGUCUCAGAGAGAGGUUCUGGAGCGCUGUCUCCACGCUCUCACUCACGCCAAGAACGACAGCCACGUUUUAGCAGCGCUGCUCCUGAUCACGAGGUUGUGUCCAGCAGGACAGCUGGAUUCCGGGACUCUCCAUCGGAUUUUUGAAGCGGUAGGCUUGAAUCUGCCCGCACGCCUCCUGGUUACAGCGUUCCGGGGUGACGACAGCUCCGGUUUGCCGCCGGAGGACUUGAUCUCCCUGGGCGCUGCUCUUCUGGCUGCUCUCAGCACAGACGCAAGCAUGGUCGCUCAUCCACAGCUCCUCAGCACCGUCCCUCUGAUCCUGAGCGUCCUGGAGAACGGCCCAACACGGACACAGAAACACACACAAGCAAUGAAUGAAUCCAAGAGCAUCUCUGGAUCCCAAACUGGAAGUGCUGCAGAUUCUCCGACCGCCCUGGAUGAGGCUUUGGCCUGCGACUGCUACCAGGUACUAAACGCUGUCUGUGCUUUACCGCAAGGCCCCGAGCAGCUUCUGACCCGCGGAGCAGUUCUGGCUCUCAGUAGAGCCGUUCUCAAGAAUCAAACUCUCAGCCGUGAGAAAGGGCUGCCGCUGGUGGGACACCUGUUGUCUUCGAGCGUAAGAAUGCGGGCUUGGGAGAGACACUCGUCUGAUCUUCUCUCGCUGUUGGGGACCGUCUCGCAAAACUUCUGCCAAGCUUCAGAUCAGGACCGACUAGAGAUGUGCUCAAAUAUACCACUGUUCCUCCCUCCGCCCGGGGUCGAGUCGGAAAGCCAGGUGCUUAAGGAGAUUGUGGGUAAUCUAUGGGCUUCGCUGCGGCCUUUGGUUCAGGGCAAAAUCAGCCCAGAGCAUUUAGGCCCAGUGUUGGUAGUGUCCGCAUGCCUCCUGGAUCUGUUUGGAUGGGAGUCCACGGGACCUCCUAAAUUCUGUUGCUUACUGGUGAACCGGGCGUGUGUGGAGGUGAGGAUGGGUCUGGAAGAGCCGCCGGGCACAGAAAUCUCUCCGCAGCUGCAGCACACGCUCACCGCCUGCUAUCGCAUCAUGGAGGCAGCUAUGGAGCAAGCCUGCAGCCAGGGGGCGCCGUCGAACCCUGCCCCGCCACAGACUGCCAUCGCCGGCCUGAGUCUUCAGCAGAGCCGACAGGUGCUGGGAGUCCUGGAGGAGGCCUUCUCCGCUGAAAUAUACUAUCUGAAACAGGUGGAACAGACGGCCUACGAUGACCCGUUUCUGUUCGCCACUUUCCGCUCGCUCUGCGCUUGGCUUGCUGAAGAAACCUCGUGUCUGAAGGAUGAUGUCAUCGACCUCCUGCCUUUCCUCAUUGGCUAUGCUAAAAGUCACUUUAAGGGAGGGGGAGAAGGCAAGGGGCUUGCUGAUUGGAUGUCAAAGAUGUCCAUCAGCAGUAGUUCACCUGACAGGACGUGGAGCAGAGAAGCGGCGCUUAGAUUUCUUCUGCCAGCUCUGUGUCACCUCUCCGCUGAAGACGGGCCACGGCGGGUUCUUCUCUCUCUGGAUACUCCAGCAUUGCUUGUGGAUUUUCUGAGCAAAGGUUGGGCGUCUUUGAGAGGUCAGAGCGGGAAGACGGUGACCCGAGACCCCAGUCUAGAAACGGCGUGUUCAGCUUUACUCAACUUUGCCGUCACAGAGCCGGAGCGGGUCAGGAAUGAUCCUUGUUUCGUCGCUCUGGAGGACAUGCUGAGCGAGGCACUUCCUGUUCUUCUGCAUAAGCCACGCCUCUUGGUCUUCGCAGCAAACUGUUGCACUUUGGGUCUCAUGAUUGGCAGACUGAAGUCAGCGUCCACAGAACUUGGCCAGCACCGUUUCUACUCCUCGGCUCUGUCUUUUCUCCUGAGUGCUGUGCAGUCCGGACAGGCUUCGGAAGCGGCCCGGAUCAGUGUCCUGUGGGAGGAGCACUGGGAGGAGGCCGGAGAGCUCUGGAGGCUCGGUCUGCAGGCUCUGGCCGGCUGUGUUCGAGUCCAGCCCUGGAUAACCGGCCUGAUCAGGGAGGACGGAUGGCUGCAGAACAUCUUCGCUCUGCUGGGAUCCAGUGGACGUCUGCCGGACCGACCCUCACAGGAGGCUCUAGAGGAGGUCCUGUGCGCCGUCGCCAAGCAGUGUCCGGUGUGUCGCGCGGACAUUAGAGAACUGGUCAAGAGCUCAAGCUGUGGAUCUCUUCAGGAAAUGCCGCAGCUGAGCAGAAUACUGCUGGAGUAAAUGUGCUAGAAUAAAUACAUUAAAUAAGACUAUAUAAGCACUUACUGUAAUGCCAUAUUUGUCUGUUUGUCAUAUUAAAUACAGAAGGAUUUGUAAUACAUUCACUCUGCAGCCAAAGCAUAUCCAGAAUGUUGAAUAAAAAUAUUUUUGCUUUUGAAGCUA